AUGGCCGCUGCUGCGGACACGACAGCUGUGUACAGCUCAUGGGUGGGCUUGCUGUACAUAUUCAACCUGAUUGUUGGGACCGGAGCUUUGGCAUUACCGAAAGCGUUCGCGAGUGCUGGCUACAUUCUCAGUCUGAUAAUUAUCGCGAUAUCUGCAUUGGCCAGUUACAUAGCAGCCACCUUUGUGCUUGAGUCGCUGUCUAUAGGAAAUGCUGCGCAAGAACGGAAGCGUAAGUUUGAACAUUAG